AAAAUCAACAGCUCAUUUACGAUAAUACCCUCAUCCCUGUCCUAUAAAUCACUACGCCAUGGCUCCCUGAUUCCGAAUCCCUCGUUCGAGCUCUGAACUUCAUUUUUUUCCUAUCUCCUUUUCUUUUCUCGCUUUCUGAUUUUCUUGUGGUAGGUGAGAUUGGAGUGGAAAAAUAUUUGGUUAGAGAAGAUGUUGGGAGUAUUCAGCAGCGCGAUCGUGUCCCCGCCGGAAGAGCUGGUGGCCGCCGGAAGCAGGACGCCGUCGCCGAAGAUGACGGCCGACUCACUACUGAAGCGGUUCGUCGACAGCAACUCCUCCGCCGUUUCGAUCCAGGUCGGAGACAACGCUCAGCUGGCUUACACUCACGCUAACCAGUCCCUGCUUCUCCCCAGAUCGUUUGCAGUGAAGGACGAGAUAUUCUGCCUGUUUGAAGGUGCACUGGACAACUUGGGGAGCCUGAGGCAGCAGUACGGCCUAGCCAAAUCUGCAAACGAGGUUGUUCUUGUGAUCGAGGCAUACAAGGCGCUUCGUGAUCGGGCGCCUUACCCUGCAAACCACGUUGUGGGGCAUCUCAGUGGCAGCUUUGCCUUCAUCGUCUUCGACAAGUCCACCUCCACCUUGUUCGUCGCCUCUGAUCAAUAUGGUAAAGUGCCACUUUCCUGGGGGAUCACUGCUGAUGGGUAUGUGGCGUUUGCUGAUGAUGCUGAGUUGCUGAAAGGUGCCUGUGGCAAGUCCCUUGCUUCUUUCCCUCAAGGUAUCUAA